GGUUCUGACCUUACUUGAAGCCUGACCCGACCCAAUGGCCUAAAGCCCUACUCAAACUCUCGGGGUUAGGUUAUGAUAGUAGUAAAUGGUAAUCUGAGGUUGGUAAAAGUUACACGCCCAAUCAUGACUCAGCCCUUUAGACACUUUAGUCUAACUGAGAGUGAAAAUAGCAGUAAGACUCACUCCAUCCAGUGUGUUGUACAAUUGUCUAACUAUUUCUCUUAAAACUCUCAUAUCAGCAACUAAUUUCCGAGAGAAUUUCUUGUUCCAUGACCAUCUGAUCACAUAAAAGUGGGUCUCCAGUACAUGUUCUAAUCACGAAGUCACAAAAUUAACAAACUACAAUAAGGUUUAGGAUCUUUGAAGAUUUCCCAUGACCACAAUCACAAUCUGUCAAAGAGUUGAUCAGGUCCGUUUGAUGAGAAAGGGGCGCGAACUGCCCCCAGAAAACUGUGCUUCUGUUCCAGCAAUCUCAGCUGCAACAAAGUUAUCUUUUCACAAGCUUUGCACGCGCUAAAAAAAUGUGCCUAGUUUAAAACCAUUGCACUGAGCAGUCAGCAGUGCCUAGGUUUUUUUCCAACUCUACAGUCCACCCUUCUUCAUCUUUCAUAUAUUAAGCAAAGGUUUAAACAGCAGAACCCUAUAGAUGUUCUCUUGCAUGUGAUGAAGAGAAAGACUGAUCACACUCACAUUGUUCUCAUACUCUUCUUUUGCAUCAGCAGUGCUACUACUGCCCAAGAACCCCAUAUUUCUUAUGAUGCAGGCUUAAUAAACUCGCACAUCAAGCAAAGGCAGCUCCUUCAUUACAAAGACAAUAAUUGUUCCAGAGGCGAGACUGUCACAGUGCCACCCUCACUUGUUUUUCCCAACCCGAGAAUCAGGACUGCCUACAUUGCCCUCCAAGCAUGGAAGCAAAUAGCCAUGCUCUCAGACCCUCUGGGAUACACGGCCAACUGGGUUGGUUCCAAUGUCUGUAACUACACUGGAGUCUUCUGUGCUCAAGCUCUCGAUGACCCAACAAUAGAAACAGUUGCUGGCAUCGAUCUAAACCAUGCUGACAUUGCUGGGUACCUCCCAGUAGAGCUUGGCCAUCUUUCGGACAUUACAUUGUUUCACGUCAACUCCAAUCGUUUCUGUGGCACUGUCCCAAAGAGUUUCAGCAAGUUAAAGCUUCUUCAUGAGCUUGAUCUAAGUAACAACCGCUUUGCUGGGAAAUUCCCUCUUGUACUUCUUCAACUGCCAGCACUUAAAUACCUUGACAUUCGGUUCAAUGAAUUUGAAGGUAGAAUUCCCAAGAAACUGUUUGAUAAGCAUCUUGAUGCCAUCUUCCUCAACGACAACAGAUUCACCCAUGAACUACCACAUAAUUUAGGAAACUCGCCCGUCUCAGUUAUUGUUCUUGCAAACAAUAAGUUCCAUGGAUGUUUACCGGCCAGCCUGGGUAACAUGUCCAAGAACUUAAACGAGCUGAUACUCACUAGAAGUGGGUUAUACUCCUGUUUGCCAGAUGAAAUAGGAAAGCUCAAGAAUCUUACUGUGCUCGAUGUGAGUCAUAAUGAUCUUAUCGGGGAGUUGCCACACGCACUAGGUGAAAUGUUGAGCUUGGAGGAGCUGAAUGUGGCUCAUAACAAACUUACAGGGACUAUACCAGGGAGCAUUUGUGGGCUUCCAAAUCUGAAAAAAUUUAGCUUUCAGGACAACUUUUUCACAGGUGAGCCACCAAUGUGUUUAGAUUUGGAGCAGUUUGAUGAUAGCAGGAAUUGUUUGCGGGAUAGGCCAAACCAGAGAUCCAUGUUGCAAUGUAAAUUGUUUUUGUCCAAGAGUGUUGGUUGUAGUUCUUUUGAAUGCCUACCAUCACUACCACCACCAUCUCCUCCUCAUUCGCCGCCACCACAACAUUCUACUCCACCACCGUCUUCUCCACCGCCUCCACCACUACAACCUUCUCCGCCGCCUCCAGUACACUGCGUUCGUGCUCCACCUCCACCCCCACCAAAUUCCCUGCCACCACCUCCACCAAGUCCACACUACAAUUCACCACCACCCCCGCCAUCCUCUCCACAAACAUCUCCUCCUCCCCCAUCUCCGCCACACCCUCCCCCACCACCAUCUCAUCCAAACCCGCCUCCACCGCCAAUUUAUUCUCCACCACCCCCUUUACCUCCUUGUAAAGAACCUCCUCCACCUCAAUCUCCACCACCAUGUCUGCAAUAUUCUCCACCACCUACUCCAGCAUGA